AUGGAGCAGUCAACAAAUGAAUCAGGUUCAUUAACAAUUCACGGAUUGGAAGUGACGAAAAAGAAAGCAUUGAAUCCCCUACCAUAUCUUGCAUCUAUCGUAUUUCUGCCUUGGGGAAUUUCUCUCUCAUUUAAUAAAAGUAUGGAACCUUGGGUGACUAAUUGGUGGAAUACCAGCCAAUCCGAAACUUUGAAUGAUAUUCAAGAAAAGAACAUUCUAGAAGGAUUCAUCAAAUUAGAAGAACUUUUCUUGUUGGACGAAAUGAUAAAGGAGUAUCCGGAGACACAUAUACAAAAGCUUCGUAUAGGAAUCCACAAAGAAACGAUACAAUUGGUAAGAAUGCACAAUCAAGAUCAUAUACAUAUUAUUUUGCAUUUCUCGACAAAUAUAACCUGUUUCGCUAUUCUAAGUGCUUAUUCUAUUCUGGGUAAUGAAGAACUUAUCACUCUGAAUUCUUGGGUUCAGGAAUUCCUCUAUAACUUAAGCGACACAAUAAAAGCUUUUUCCAUUCUCUUAUUAACCGAUUUAUGUAUUGGAUUCCAUUCGCCCCACGCUUGGGAACUAAUGAUUGGUUCGUUCUACAAAGAUUUUGGAUUUGUUCAGAAUGAUAAAAUUAUAUCCGGUCUCGUUUCUACCUUUCCGGUCAUUCUAGAUACAAUUUUGAAAUAUUGGAUCUUUCAUUAUUUAAACCGUGUAUCUCCUUCACUUGUAGUGAUUUAUCAUUCACUGAAUGAGUGAAGAACUGAUUUAAUCUGAUAACAUAAAGAAAAUUGUAAUGUCACUUUGUAUAUAAACAAACCAUUCAAAAUCUUACUCAUUCUUUAUGCUUUGACUCGU